GAAUAAAAGAUGUGUGUUGAGAAGGGUGAUACUAUUCAACUAGAAAUUAAUGGUCAGGAGGUGUACGAAGGUACGGUUUACGAUAAGACCGAUGACAGAAUAGAGAUAAUUAAUGUUCUUCAGUAUAGCCGUAGAAAAAAGUUAAAUGGUCUGUACUCAUUUUUUUCCGAAGAAAUAACAAAUGUCAAAGUAAUUAACCAAAAAUGUAAAAGUGAAGUCAAAAAUACAAAAGUCAUCGCCAUUAGCGAGGAGGAAUAUUAUUAUUUGCAAAGGCUGAAGACAAAUUACAUAUACAUCGACCGCCCGGAUGCUCGUUAUUUUACAGCUAUAGGCAACUUUAAAAAGUCAGACCAUGUUUACGUCGCUGCCGUAGGUUUGGAGCUCAGCAGAUCUAAAAGAACUUUAAAAAUAUUGGUGAUAUCCACCGUUUUCCAAGUGUAUAUUUUCGAUUUCCGCAACAAAUCCAGGAAUAUUUUUCCGGAAGGCCUACGAUUAUUGUUUCAAAGUGUUAACCAUAAAAAGAUUAUUUAUAAUGGUAUGAACUUCAUAGACUACUUGUUAUUUAAUUGUGGUAUUAAACUGAAUAAUGUACUCGACUUAAGUAUAUUUAAUUUGAAUAUCAUGAAAAUGGAAGGGGAACAGUUACAACACAGAAGCUUGUCAAAUUGUUUGGAACUUUACAUUAAUUUAGUACCAGGUGUAGUUAAAGAUAUUUCUGAACUCAAUAAACACGACUGGAGUAAAUUUGAUUUGUCAGAUUCGUUUAAAAUUAUAUUAGCCGAAUUGGUGGUGUUUUUAAUACCCUUGAAAAGGAUCAUGAUGGAAAAAAUUGAGAAUUUAGUAUGGACUACAUCAUAAAUAAAUUUAAUUAGAAAUGUUGAUAGUAUUGCAGAAAAGCUCAUAAUUGUUUUAUCAUUAAAGUAUGUGUAUAUAAAGUAAUUUUUCUCUAUGUAAAAUGUUUAAUGAAUUGUUGUACAAUGUCUGUAUAAAUUUCAUAAAUAUAACAAAUUGUUUAUCACACUACCCAUAUUUGA